AUGUCGGCGGAGGAGAAGGAGGUGAGAGGAUGUCAGCCAGAACCCGAGCUCUGCCGCCGGAAGGUGAACUCGGGACACCCUAAAGCAGUAAAGCUGUGGGUGUGUGACCACGUGCUCAACCUGGUCAACAUCACGGUGGGUGCGCCGCCGGUGAAGCCUUGUUGCAUCCUCCUUGACGGGCUGGUGGAUUUGGAGGCACCACUCGGCCUCUGCACGGCGAUUAACGCCAACAUUUUGGGGAUCAACCUUAACAUCCCAAUCUCCCUCAGCUUGCUCCUCAAUUCUGCGGCAACUCUGUCCACCCAGGCUUCUAGUGCUGGUGAUCUAUCGUUUCACGAUGCCAUUGUUAAAGCUAGCUAUUGCUUGAACUCGCAUGGAACUGGCUACAGAUCCAUGUGGCGGAGAAGGAGCGACAGAGGCGGCGGAGCUGAUAAUUAG